AAUUCCUGUGUGUGACCGACCUCACGUCCUCAACGAAAAACGGGGCUGCUGCUGAGCUGGGACUUCUGUCCUCCGUUGGGAUUUUGUGGUGAAUUUCAAAGCCGUAAUCAUGGUUUUCGAGAGGAAAAUGCUCACGCACGGCGACCCCGACGACGAGGAGGAAGAUGCACCUGCCGAGGAGGAAGUGGAAGAGGAAGAGGAGGAAGAAGAGGAAGAUAUGGUGGACCCUCUAGAAACAAUACGAGCCAAGUGUGAGCAGUCUGAACACUGUGUGCACUACAAGGAGCGUUUGGAGGUCUGUGAAGCCAGGGUCAGCUCCAGGUCCAACACAGUGGAGGACUGCACAGAGGAGCUCUUUGACUUCCUACAUGCACGGGACCAUUGUGUAUCACACAAGCUGUUCCACAAUGUGAAAUGACCUGCCUGCCCAGUUCUCACUAUUUGCAGCUGUAGAAUCUCUUUAACUGCUAAAGUAAUAAUAAUCAGGACAGUUCUGAAGUCUGUUGUCGUCUCCUGUGUAUUAAUGUAAAUUAGCUUCCUUGGGUUCCAGGACUAAAUACACCCCACCCUUUUUGUAGACAGUGCAUGCUUGUAAAAAGGAUCAGAAGCAGUUUGUAAAUUGUGAAUCACUGCUUGUAUGGGUGAUGGGCACAUCUGUCUUAAAAGGCUGUGAAAAUACAGGCUCAGAAUUUCACAAUGUGGUUACAUCAUAUGCAAUAGCAAGUAUUCUGCUCCAGUAAUGGAGUUUACCUCAGGUUUGAUCAUGGAUUCAUUGCUCUGACCAGAAAAAUUAAAGGUUUUCAUUAGUUUCCA